UGGCUGGAGGAAGUAUGACGGAUAACAGGCAGGAUGAGCCCAAAUCAUCCCACUGGGCACCGGGACAGCUCAGUGAGGCCGCUCCUCUCCCUCACACAACAGAUAUGAAAGAACAAGGGGGGGCAGGAGAUGGAAUGGUCCACAGCUCCAAUGGCAUUCCCUUCAGAGAGACGGGCAGAGCGUAUGGGGAGAGGGAUCUUCAAGAAUCACAUGCUACAAGCAAAGAGAAUGGCAUCAAUGGAGAGAUGCCAUCUAGAGACUCGGAGACGGCAGAGGAGGUAUCUGCACGCAUAGUCCAAGUAGUAACUGCUGAUGCUGUAGCGGUCCUGAGAGGUGAACAGGAGAAGGAAGUCCAACUCAAGGGCCCUCCAGGAGAUCUGCCAUUAGCUGUGGAAGAUACGACCAAUCUCCCUCCUUCUCCUCCUCCUUCGCCAGCAUCAGAACAAAUGGGAACAGUGGAGGAAGAAGAAAGAGUUAAGGGUCCUCUGCCUGAAAAAGAAGAGGAGGAAGCACAGGGGGGAGACAGCAAACCUACUGAGUCCUCCAUCGUGGGGCUAAGCAAGGUCCAAUCAGACUCAGGCUCUGAUGUGACACGACCCCUCGAAGAAAAUGUUGUAUGCGAAAUAAGUGAUGACAAAAGUAUUGCAAAACGUGAAAGUGAAUCUUCUGCUGUUCUGUUGCCUUCCUUACCAGAGGAAGAUGUACUUUCAGCCUCGAAGACGGGGGCACAAGGACAAUUGGAUUCUCUGCCUUAUUCUGUGGAAGCAGUAGACACCAUUGAAGAUAUUCCUUUAACGAAAACUAAGACUGAGGAGAAGACUAAGCAAGAUACCAUGGAACCAGGAUCUUCGGAGCAGGCUGGAAAGAAAUCUGAAAAAAAUGAGAAAUUACCAUCAGCCCUACAGAUGUCUAGUACUGAUGUGACAUUUACGACUCCACAUGUUUAUUCAUUUUCUGUAGAGCCAUGUACUCCAACAUCUCCUGAAGGUGAACAACUAGACUUUAGUGGGGUCACAGCUGAAAGCAAAGGCAAACUUUCAACCGAGCACCCAACCAAUGAGAAAGAAAAUAUAUUCCCUAGUCUUUCUUCAAGUCAAACUGAAACACCUUCUCCAAUAUCGGAUAAAGACCAGACUGUGAUAGAGGAACUUUCUUCACAUACUCCAUUGCCUGUUACAGAACCAAUUAAUAUUUUAGAAACCACCAAAGAUAGCGCAAGUGAUAGCUACAAGAGAGAGUCAGCUCAUUCAGAGGCAGACACCACUAGCAUGACAAGUGUUCAGAAACAGGACAUCCCAAGUUCAGUGGCAUCUGAUAAGUACAUUGAGGAAAGGGGUGACAGUCAUUCCAAGUCAGAAGUGUUAGGUCAAUCAGACAUUCCAACAAAGCAAGAUGAGAUUAUUGCUAGCAAGUCUGAUGAAAGCACACAGCAGCUGAAAGACAAUGUUAACAAAGAGUCCACCAUAAAAGAUAUCACCAGUAGUCAAGAUGAGUUGAUACAUUCAAAAGCUACAGGUCACCUUGAGAUGCAUGAUGCAGAGAAAAUAGAUGUGCCAUUAGAGAGUAGUACAGAACCAUUUGUGUACGACAAAAAAGAAAGCGUGCUGGAAUCCCAUAAUGAAAAUGUUUUACCAGAUGUUCAGACUGACAGCAAAGCUGUAGAUGAACAUAAAACUAAACUGGAUGAAGAUAAAUCUGGAAUGUCAACAUAUUUUGAAACAUCUGCAUUGAAAGAGGAAAGAUUAGAAAGUAAUGUCCAAAAGAGCAGUGAUUACUACGAGCUGACUGACGUCAAAGAACCUCCAUAUGAGGCCUGUUCAAUACCACAUAUAGCCAAAGGAGAUGAUGAUGAAGAAGAAGAGGAUGAUGAAGAUUUAGCCCCAAUGCCCGAUGAAAAAGGCAGCGCUUCUGCUCAAGAUGUCGGCUAUAGCUCACUUACUUCUACAAAACUGCAGUCAUGUUUAUCAUCAGGAGAUCGUCUGUUUACUAUUGAUCCAAAUAUCUAUUCAGACAAAUCAGAAUUCCAUAGCAAAAAUAAAGAUGAUCUGACUCUGAGCCGCAGUCUAGGACUUGGUGGUAGAUCUGCCAUUGAGCAGAGAAGUAUGUCUAUAAAUCUUCCCAUGUCUUGUCUUGACUCCAUAGCACUAGGCUUCACUUAUGCUCGUGCCCAUGAUCUGUCCCCAUUAGCCACUGAUAUUCUAUCUAACACUAGUGGAAGCUUAGAUGAAGGAGAUGACGGUGAUUUACCAGCAACCACUCCUUCAAUAGAAAAAGCUCUUUCAUUCCCAGAAGAACCAGAACAGAAGGAAGAGGAGGAAGACAAAAAUGAAACAGGGAAAGACACAGGUAAAGAACGAUUUGAGUUAGAGCCAUUAUGUGAAUCACAGUACCCAGCAAAAGAGUACUACAAAAAUGGUACAAUUAUGGCACCUGACUUGCCAGAGAUGUUAGAUUUAACAGGCCCAAGGUCAAGAUUAGAUUCUGGUAGUCCAGAAUCCGAUGCUGCCAGAAGAAAGUCUGCAAGCUCUGAAAUAAUUAUAGAUGAAAGUAACAUAAGCCAACAAGCAUCUGUGAUUGACGGUAGCAACCUACUUGUAAAGACAGACAGCCAGCAAGAAGAAUUAGGCUAUUGUGUUUUCAAUAAGUACACUGUACCUCUGCCAUCCCCUGUACAAGACAGUGAAAAUCUAAGUGGUGGAAUGACUACACUUUAUGAAGGUCUUGCUAUGGAUCCAUCAAUCAUUGAGGUCAAACUAGCUGCUGCAGAGAGGCUUAGUAAAGAAAGACAGGAAUUCACCAGUGAACCUGUUGCCAUGGGUUUGGACACAGAGUCUGAGAAAAAGUCUGAAAGUAAGCUUGAUACUGUUGUAGAAAAGGUUGAGGAACAGAGUGAUUUAAAAGAAGAUCAAGUUACCUCUGAGCAAAAAACACAAUUGGAAGAUACUAAAGUUACUUCAGUACAGAAAACAGAUUUAUUAUCAGAAACACUAGUUGAAAAAGACAGUGAAGAAGUAAAUGUCUCAAAGGAAGAAUCCAUAACUAAACUUUCGGAAAUUGACACAUGCCCUAUAACAGUUUCAGGUCUAUCAGAUAUGGAACAAACAAAGUUGUCUACUGAGGAAACAUUUAGUCACCAACAGGUGACUGAAUCAACAAAAGCUGAGCCACUGGAACAAAAAGCAUCUCAGUCAGAAAAUGAAACUAAAUUAACUGAAUCAACAAAAGGUGAGCCACAGGAUCAAAAGGUAUCUCAGCCAGAAAAUGAAACUAAAGAAUCUGAAUCUACUAUGGUAAAAGUAGAAGUUGAGGAAGAGGCUUCCCAGAUUAAAGAAGUCUCCAAGCUUUCUGAUUUAGAAUUAAAGGAGAAAGGUGCAAAGCCUGACUUAGUGCAUCAAGAAGCAGUUGACAAAGAAGAAUCUUAUGAAUCCAGUGGAGAACCAGAACAGACUCCAGAAUCAUCACAAGCAUCCAAAGAUGUAACAAUUACUGAUGUACAGAAACCUGACAGCAAAGAAACCACUACAAAUAUCACAAAUGAGCCAGCACAAAGUGUUGUAAUUUCAACAUGUGAGGUUGAAGAAAAGGACACAGAGGAAGUACAAAUUGAAAAAGUAAGUGAACCUCAAGAAGAACACCCAGUUGAGACACUUAUGAAAAAGGAUGAAAUGGACCAGGUGACCCAGGCUGUAGGUGACCAAGAGAUGGCUGUAGAUGAUAAGGAGGAUCUAGAGGUAGAAGUGAUAGAUGAAUGCAACACAGAUAUAACACCAGAAACACCACAACAUCCUGGAGAAGAAGAAGUAGUCAAAGAACCAACUGCAGAGUAUCUUGAGGAAGCAACAGGUAUUAUUGAGUCUGUAGUCACAGUUGAAGAUGACUUUAUUAAGGUGGUGCAAACUGCUACAGAUGAGGGUGAAAGUGUGACUCACAAUGUCCGCUUUGCAGCAUCUGAACUUUCUGAAACAGAAGGAAAGCCUUCUGAAGAGGAGGAGGAGGAGGAGGAGGAGGAAGAAGAAGUAAUUGAAGAAGAAUCCCAUGAAGGACCCAGAGAAGGAUCACCUUGCAUGCUUGCUUCUCCAGAAAUAGAAAUAGAAUACAAGACAGAAACACAGGAUGAUUACAAAGAUGAGACAAUAGAAACAGAAUACAAGACAGAAACACAGGAUGAUUACAAAGAUGAGACAACCAUAGAUGAUUCAGUAUUGGAUACAGAUAGCAUCUGGGUGGACACACAAGAUGAUGACAGGACUGAAGCAAUAGAACCCAUUCCUAAGGAGGAGAAGGAGGAAAGAGAAAUAAUGAAGGUUCCAGUUGAAAGAUACAGGAAGGACAAACCUUUCAAGAGUGGCCGAGGUCGCAUGUCUACUCCUGAAAGGAAAAUAACUAAAAGGGAAUCUAGUGCAACCUCCAGAGAUGAAGUGAGAAGGAAAAAAGCAGUUCUUAAGAAAGCAGAAAUUGGUAAAAAAUCUGAUGCUCAGCCCCACUCUCCCUCCAGGAAAGUAAUUUUAAAACCUGCGGUCAAGCAGUCUAGACCUGCCCAUCAGGCCUGCGUGAGGAGGAAGCCGGCAGGGGGUGAUUCCCAACAAACUCCUAGUGCUCUUCGGCAGUCCAAGGACAGAAUUACUGAUGGAGUGACCAAGAGCCCAGAGAAACGUUCCUCUCUGCCGAGACCUUCUUCAAUCCACCCGACUAGAAAAAUAAUCCCUGUAGAUAAGGAAGAGAACUCUUUGUCCACCAGCACAUCCUCUGUGAGACGCACCACAAGAUCUGAGCCAAUUUGGAGUCGAACAGGAAAGAGUGGAACUUCUACACCUACUACACCUGGAUCCACAGCUAUUACCCCAGGAACACCACCAAGUUAUGCUUCUCGAACUCCUGGUACACCAGGAACACCAAGUUAUUCACGUACACCCCGUACUCCAGGAACUCCAAGAUCUGCCAUGUAUAUAGCCUCUGACAAGAAAAUUGCCAUCCUACGAACACCUCCCAAGUCUCCUGCCACUCUAAAACAGAUGCGCGUUUUGAAUCAACCCCUGCCUGACUUGAAGAAUGUAAAGUCGAAGAUUGGAUCUACUGAUAACAUCAAGUAUCAGCCUAAAGGUGGACAGGUUAAAAUCUUAAAUGAGAAGAUUGAUUUUAGUUUUGUUCAGUCUCGUUGCGGUUCCAAGGAUAACAUCACUCAUAAUGCUGGGGGAGGUCAAAUCCAGAUCGUUACCAAGAAGAUUGACCUUAGUCAUGUAACAUCAAAGUGUGGCUCCCUGAGGAACAUUCGCCAUAGGCCAGGUGGUGGAAAUAUUAAGAUUGAGAGUGUUAAACUGGAUUUCAAAGAAAAAGCCCACGCAAAGAUUGGCUCACUAGAUAAUGCUCACCACAUUCCUGGCGGUGGAAAUAUUAAGAUAGACAUCCAGAAAUUGCAUUUCCGAGAGCAAGCCAAGGCCCGAGUUGACCACGGUGCUGAUAUAAUCACAGAGUCUCCAGGUCGUUCUAGCCUUGCCUCUCCACGGCGUCUCAGCAACGUGUCCUCUUCUGGAAGCAUCAACCUGCUAGAAUCACCACAGCUUGCAACCCUAGCAGAAGACGUCACUGCGGCUCUGGCCAAACAGGGCUUAUGAAUGUGUUACCUUUAGCAGUGUAUGAAGUUAAUCUUAAAUAAUAAUAAUAAUAUUAUUAAUGAAAAUAUUUACGCAUGAGCUCUUGGCAGGAUUUGGGCUCAAAGCAGGUGUCACAUUCAUUACUUUUCCAAUCCUUCUAGAGUACGAGCAAAUAUCACAUAAUGCCAAACCUAUACACAAGUAGGUUUUUCAUUUAAUACAUCAUUUUCUGAGUGAAGGUGCCAGAUUUACCCACUAUGUUACUGGCAGUAAAACAAAGUCCUAGGAUAACAGUAGACAACUAGCAACUGGUCAUACUUUGUCACGUUCCAAAGGAAUUAGAAGACCAAACUUCACGUAUUAGCAUACCUUCUAAGCAUCACCCAAGUCCUUAUCACUGCUCUUGACUAGUCUUGCAUGGAGCCCUACAGUACUUGGUGUUAUUUCAACAUGUGCCUGCCAGCCUCCUGAACAAAGUUAGCGUAAGAGCCAUGUCCUGUUAGAGCGGCUGCUCAUCUUCCUGUUCAGUUCAGAUUGUGGUCAAGCUCUUUGUUCCAUAAAUCCCCAGUCCCCAUAGGCUAAUAAACCCAUUGAAGCUUUUUGCGGUGUGAAAGGCUGAGGUGCAACAUGAUUGAUGAAGAAGACAGACACCAAUAUCCAACCUAAAAAGCAAAUCCUGUUAGCGUACAGUCGGUCAAGCUUGUACAAUGGGAGAAAUGCUCCCUCUUGGAGGAGAGUUCUUUGAAGAAAAUGGGGAGCAUCAUUGAAAGGGAGCAGCGGUCAACAUAGCGCACUUAUUUUAUGACUAGUAUCUGUAUAUUUAAUGGUCUUUCAGCUACUAGAAUGCCUGCUUUGCUUUGUAAUAUUGUGCAUUGCAGACCUUCCAAGCGGCAGAGGCCACAAACAAAAAACUCUAGCUUUGUGCAUAGGCAAACAUUUCCAACACCUUUUUUCCACCUGUUUGAUACAGUAUUAUUAAUCUAGAUGUAUAUAUAUUUCUCUGUGGCCAUGUUUUCAUUCAUUCUCCCAAAACCUUUUCAUAUACUUGAAAAAUCCAUUUCUUACUCACAGUAUCUGUGUCUAUUGCACCAUUUGGUAAAGCAGUUUUAGGUAGGCAUAAUUUAAUAUUAGGAAAGCUUCCUUUUUCCUAUGUAAAAAAAAAAUGCUAAAUUAAAAAAAAUGUGUACUUAAAGAAAUUGAGAUAAAACACAGCAAAGCUCUUUAGCAUGGAUUUGCUAUGUUUAGGGUCUUAAGAGGCCUUGGCUGUUUUCAUUUCCCUUUCUAAGCUUGAUUGCUCCAAAAAUGAGCUGUUUUUGUCAAUGACUGCUUUCCUCUUGCUCCUCAUUUCGAAAGGGCUGAAGUGUGAGUUGAUUUUUAUUCCUAAAGGAUCCUGUUCUAUUUUCCAUGUACAAAGAUCCAGUCGCAAAGUGUUGCUGAUUUUUAUUUUCUACUUGCUAAAGUUGAACAUUGCUCUGAUUCUGGACAGCAAGAUACAUAGCCGAGUUGUGAAUGCGUCCACAUAUUCUGAGAUAACUCACUACUCUAAUACAUGACUCGGAUCAGCAAAGGGCUAGUGAGGAUUUAUACUGUGGAAGUUCAUAGAAUAACUAAACCCAAGAAGUCAUCAGCUACUAGUAUUUUAACGCCAGUGUAAGCCGUCCUAUUGUAACACCCAAGUAUCAUCAAUUCUAAAGUCUGAGUCUGUGGUCAUCACUCAUUUUGAAACUUCUAUUGAUAUGGUGUCCUCAAGGCUUGAUGCUGAAGAAACCUAAGUUAGUGACUUUUCUGUAACAGCAUUUGAAGGAUAAGGUUGGUAGUAUAGACCACAUCUCUGUUAUUUUUCCAUUUCUAUCAUUUAAUUCAAUUUAAUUUUCAGCAAAUCAAACUGAGCACCAAAAGUUAAUGACUAGUACCUAAGUACUCCAGAAAUCCCUGGGGAGAGGUCAUUCAAUUCUAAUAGAUAAAAGGUCAGAGGUAAAUAGUCAAGACUCUGAGAUAAACAGUCAUCAUCCUGAGGUCCAGGUAGUAUGUUUGCUGUGCACAGGACUGUUGAUACUAAUGUUGAAGGCAUCCCUGAAUCUCCUUUUUUUUUAAUAAGGACCUUGUACUGCAAACAUAAAGGAACUUCUAAUAGUAAUUUGCAAGGCUAAUACCUGCCCUCCCCAAUUUAGUGAUAACAUUAUCAUUAUUUUGCCAAACUUAAAAUUCCAAGUGAAAUAUAAUCAAAGUUAUGUCUUGGGGGGCCCCCGUUGCAGCACUAAGCUUUGCUCCGACACACUACUAAGCUCCACCCUGUUAUAUCACUUACCCUUGCCCCAUCAGCCCUCUAAGCUCCGCCCCUGUCUGCCUGCUAAUCCCCACUUUCAGCCUAGCAGUACAGUCUGGUCACAUUUUCUACUGCUCUGCAACUGGGAAGGGCCCUUUUCUCUCCUGGGCCCCUGUGCAGUUGAUCCAGCAAAACAGGCAUUAAUUUUUUUCUUUCAGCCAACCGAUAGUGGCCAGCAGGGGGCCCCCUGAUCUUUAGGGCACCAAGAAUCUUGCUUGGUUUGCAUGGUGGUAAAGUCUGUCACUGAAUAUAAUCUUGUGUGACAAAACUAGACAACACCAAAAGGUAGAAUACAAUUUAAAAUGUUAUUCUCCUUAGCUAUUGUCUUUUGAGCUAUUUGUUCAGUAUCCAAACUGAUAUGUACUGUGCUAGCCCCAUUAACCAGCCAUUUUACAGCAUUCAUGAUUCAAGGGGCCGCAUGUGCCAAAACAACCUGAGUUCCUAUUGGAAACAAGGUCCAUUUUUGAUGUAUGAGGCUUAUUGUGUGUACAGUCUACAGUACUAGGAGCCUAAUAGAGUUUACUUGGCCAGGAACCCUUGUAGAACUCUCACAGCAUGGUGCUGUAUGCUAUUCCGGUGACUGUAGGUUUUACUACACAGUCUGUCUCUAAAAUAAAAUGGAAUCUGAAUUCAUUGGGGACAACCAGUUACCAGUCUAUGUCUUUUUUUUUGCAAUAUAAUUUACUUUCUCAAAAGAAAGAAAAGGAUGUCUCUCAAAAUCAUUUUACAGUACAAAGCCAGCUAAUGCAGAUAUUGUCUUACAGGGUGCUUUUACUUCUGUAUUUGGUCAUGAAAUAUGUUGUAUCUUCUGCAGUAAAUGGUGUUUUACAGUCUGGUUUAGGCUUACGCUCAGAUGUAAUAGCUGAUUUGUGAUAUACAGUAGGUCAAUGUUUUAUUUCCACAGUUCUGACAUUUUGCAGAUGGUAGUUGCAGUUAAGGUAGCACCCGGUGUCUGGUUUGCUGCCUACAGCUUGUCUUAUAUCUCCUCAGUAGUCUUGCAAGCAGCAAUGUGAUAGCGCUGUAUGUAAUGUUUCCUAUUUGUCAGGUCUUAGUUUUCGGUGAUUUUAGCAAUGACAUAGCAGUUAGUUACAAGGCAGUGUGAGGGAUUCUUUCUUUCCUUUCUUGUUGAUUAUAAACAUUGCCGUGACCAUUUAUGUUCCAGUUGAUGAGCAUCAUCAACUUACAUGACACUAACCUGACAUAGUUAAUAGCAAUAAUAUACCUGAUGAGUUUUGCCUGGUCUAUGGGGUUACAUUAGGGUAAAGAAAUGUGCAACAUGUAAAACUUAUUAUUUCUUAAAAAUUCUCAGCUUUAAAAUAAUCUUUUUUUUGUAGGUCCCUCAAGAAUAAGCUAAUUACAAAGCCCCUAGCUUCUAAUCAGUAGACGGGGCGCCUCAUAAUUAGAUCAAAGUGAGCCCACCACUCUAUGCCUUUUGGGUUAAUUUCUCUCCCCUCUUCCCUACUCCCCUUAUCCAGUGGAGUUGCAUUCUUAGCAAAGAGGAAAGGACCAACAGGAUUGGGUCACCACUCUCCAUGGGCUCUAUAGCAACUUGUUGAGCGUCUUUUUAAGGCCUUGGCUAUAAUCUGUUAUGGAACCUACAGCAGCAAAUUUUACAUUAACUGUGAGUUCACAUUACCAGUCAAUGGACUGUUCAUGUAAGGCAUAGAGAUGUUGAGUCCUCCAGAGAGAGAUGCUCUUUGUAGCCCCUUUGAAUUCUAGCUGAUAGAUGCAGACUCUUUUCAUAACUCCUUAAUAGAGUAUAGUUUACUAAACCAGGUAACCCCUUUAACAUAGUUGAUGAAUUUAGUUGUUUAUUAGGUACAAUACUAAAGAUAGUACGGUGUACUAGUUAAGUAAUCACAAUACUUUAGGACAGUGUUUGUGGCCAGCGUCAUGUGUCAAAGCAUUUUUAAUUGUGUUUGCAGGCCAAAUACCAUUUAAUGAGUUCAUGGAGUUGACAAACCCAAUUUUAAGUGUGUAAAGCAGAGGGCUUUAGAAAAUAAUUUAUUUUUUUCUGGUUAGGUACAGGAACUAUUUGUACUUAUCAUUUCUACUUUAAUUGAAGUAGAAGACAUUUGUAAAUGAUUUACCUGCUGUGACCCAUGGGCUCCGUGAAUGCUGGACACCCUACAAAUUUAAAUGCAAGCAUAUACCAUAUUUGACAUUAGCAAAAUUUGAUUUUAGACAGCAGACAAGAUAAAAUCUUCAAAAAAUGUAUUUUAAAAUAAAAUAUUAACUCAACAUGAUGUCAGUGCCUCUUAAUAUUUAUAAACAUGAAUUUACAGGGUCGGAAAUUGCAGUUUUAAAUAUUCUGUACCAAAAAAAGAGUUCAACUUUAGCAGUGGAACAGAAAAUUCAGUCCGUCACUUCCGUCUUGGAUUAUGAGGGGUGUGAUUUACAAAUCUGUGCAUUUACCUGAUACCUUUAAAGCCCGUAAACAUAGGGAGGUGUUUAUUGAAUGGCUGGUGGUAGUUAGUUCAUGUUUUUUCAAUCCAAUUUGCAAUUGUAUUUGUUGCUGUAUAGUGAUUGUUUUGCAAAAUAAACCGCUUGUCAUGGUC